AUGGCCGCCGCCCAGGAUGAAACUUCUGUGAGCAGUGAAGAUUUUGACAAGAAUGACUCCACGUGGAUGUCAGCUGACCCCCACCUGGCCUCCAACCUGAGCCCCAACCAGGAGGAGAGGAUGUGGAGCCCGCAGAACCUCCAUAGCCAAGAGGACGAUGACUCCUCUUCUGAGAGUGGCAGCGGCAAUGGCUCGUCUACCCUGAACCCGUCCACUUCAAGCAGCACACAGGGCGAUCCUGCCUUCCCUGAGAUGAAUGGUAACGGUGCUGCAGCCCCCAUGGACUUCACUGCUGCCUCUGAGGAUCAGCCGAUCAACUUGUGUGAUAAGCUGCCACUGGGCACAGCACUGGGCACACCAUCCUACCCCUCCAAUGGCUGCAGCACUGAUGGGCUGUGGAGCCGCGUCAAGUAUGGGGUAAAGAACACUCCUGAGUCUCCCCCCUAUAGCUCUGGGAGCUAUGAUUCCACCAAGACUGAAGUCAGUGGCUGUCCUGAGGACCUGACCGUGGGCCGGGCCCCUGCAGCAGAUGAUGACGAUGAUGAUCAUGAUGACCAUGACAAGAUGAAUGACUCAGAGGGCAUGGACCCUGAGCGGCUCAAGGCCUUCAAUAUGUUUGUGCGGCUGUUUGUGGAUGAGAACCUGGACCGCAUGGUGCCCAUCUCCAAGCAGCCCAAGGAGAAGAUCCAGGCCAUCAUUGAGUCAUGUAGCCGGCAGUUUCCCGAGUUCCAGGAGUGGGCCCGCAAGCGCAUCCGCACAUACCUCAAGUCCUGUCGUCGUGUGAAGAAGAAUGGCAUGGAGAUGACCAGACCCACUCCUCCCCACCUGACCUCAGCCAUGGCAGAAAACAUCCUAGCAGCUGCCUGUGAGAGCGAGACAAGAAAAGCAGCUAAAAGGAUUCGCCUGGAGAUCUACCAGUCCUCACAAGAUGAACCCAUAGCCCUGGAUAAGCAGCACUCUCAGGACUCCACAGCCAUCACCCAGACCUCAGCAGGCCAAGGGGCCUCUCCCUCAACACUCCGUAGCCAUGACAGCAGCACUCUGCUGCCUGCCCCUGCCCAGAGCUGGCAGAAGCCCUGUUGCCUUUCCUCCCUCAGAGCAAGGAGGCCUCAGGGGAGCCAGGGCUGAGUAGCCACGAGGAUAACCACAGAGAGCCACUCUCGAUCCCAGAGCAGGUGCCCCUUCCCAAACUGGUUUAUGCCAGGGACUGCUUGUGGGCAGCCUGACAGACCACCCCUCAAACAGGUGGGCAGGCAGGGCCAGUGCAGAUUCCUACCUGUUCAGAUUCAGGGCUGCAAGGCAGGGCUCCCCACCCUGCACACUUCCACCCUGGGCUUAAAUGUGGUUUCUCAUGUGGCCUCCAAUGCCUACCCAGCCACACCACCUCUGCCUUCAUGUGCCCGCUCACCAACCAGGCCUCUCUGGACUGGGCCAGGACACCUGAGCCCCCUUCGGACAGCACAAGCUCCAGUGCCCAGGGCCUCCCCACAGCUGGCUGACCAUGUGCCCAGUUCCCCACCUGCUCAGUAGGACUCCUGGAUGUUUGAAUUUGUGUAAAUAUUUAUUUUUGUGUGUGAAUACUACAAAGUAAUCAGAUCUUUUGCAAAAUGUUACCCCUGGCAAUUUGUGAAAAUAUUAAUGUAAAAGUUGGCAGAGACAAUCGCCGCCCUAGAAUUUCUGGUAUCAAUUGCUUACCAUGUCAUUUCUGCUCCCAGAGGCAGUACCCAAGCUCGACACAAGUGGUUUGCAUUUUUGGAAGAUGAAAGAAGAGACUAGGCAGGGAAUCCUCCCUCCACCCCCAUGGGACACAUCUGUAAGAGCAAGCAUAGUCUACAUCUAAGGGAUGUUUCCUAAGUGCAGGCAGUCUCGAUCAGCCACCGGCAGCCUGCUCCCAGAGGACAGUGUGAGCAUAGGUUCCAUGUGUUUUUAAGAGUAACAGGACCAGUGCCAGUGCUGAUGGCUUCCAGAGGGACUGCAGGGCAGUGGGAUCUAUCAUGCUGACCUGGACUUCCUCCCAGGGAAGCUGUCCCCAAAGCCUCAGAGACAGCCAUAUCAGGAGCAAGAUAGUGUGGGGACAGGAUUCCAUUACCUAGUUCAGUCAGGGGACUUGUUCUGUUUUGCUUUUGUUUUGAAAGAUGCAGCUUCAAGCCUCCCCCUCCUGACUUGGGCCUGCCUUUUCCCAGGGGAGCUCCUCAAAGCCCUGUCCUACAGCCACUUCGGGCUGAUGGAAGGCUCAGGGUACAAAGUCAUCAUUGGUGAACUCAAGUUCAAUGGAAAUGCCAGUGUAGGAUACACCAGUCUCAGAGUCCUUGCAGGGCAGAUGCCUGCAGGUGUCAAGAAGUGGUGGAUGACCUGUUAGACCAGUGGUAGUGUACACGACCCAUCUGAAAGGGCUUCCUCUCGCCACUCAACAGAAGGACCGUUUAUUCCCAAGGAUGGUGUUGGGGAGGGGCAGGCAGGGCUAGGAGGGUCUUAGAGGACUUGGAACAGAUGGAACCCCUCUGUCCCUCCCUGUUCUCAAGGGCCACAUACGACU